AUGAACGAUUGGCUUUCGCGCACAUGUCGCAUUCGUUUCGUUGAUUUUGGAAGCCCGGGCCCGGUAUUCCUUUCGGGUACAAAGGGGCGAGGCAGCAGUUGUUUGAAGAGCGAUUGUCCGGUGAUGACGGUCCGUCGCCGAAACGCCGUCCGAAACUCCGCCGCCCGGAAGCGUGUACGGAUUGGGAGACGAUGGUGUGCUGCUGGUGGUGCUCGUCUCGUUUGUAAUUAUUCGAAUGACUGCGACUGUCGUCGUUGUCAUCUGAAGAGCGGCGACCGUGGCGACUGGGUGACGACGACGACGUCGAAUGACCGCGAUCGAUGCUACUGCCGCCGAGGGCGCGGCUCGUUCCAGUUUUCUGCCACCGCUCCGCCGGCCAACUCGGUGGCUACUCUCAACGGCUAG